GUCAAGAACAAAAUAAUACACCAUCGGUUCAGGAGACUAAUUUUCAAAACGACCUGUUUUUAGAUCAAGAAAAUGAUUUUGAACAACAAGAUAAUGAAUAUAAUGAAAGUAACAUACCAUCGGUUCAGGAGAUUAAUUUUCAAAACGACCUGUUUUUAUAUCAAGAUAAUGAAAAUAACAUAUCAUCAGUUCAGGAGAUUAAUUUUCAAAACGAUCUGUUUUUAGAUCAAGAUAAUGAAACGUGA